GUGUGGAUCCGAUAGCCAUGAAUGGGGUGGUGGAGACGUGGGUUUGUGGAUUUUAUCCAGACGCUAAAAUUAAUAUUUCUUCUACAACGGAGUUAUUACUGUUGUUACUUUUAUCAUAAAUAUAUUCCACUGGCUUAGAUCGUUUAAAUGAUACCAUCACGUCCGAUUUAACAGCUUUUUUCAGGUUCAUCUCGGGUGGCUCGGAGAAAAUCACGUUCCCGUUGUUUUCAUAUUAAACAUGCCGAGGAAUAAUAAGACCUCGCUGAUCCAGAAGAUCGCGAGCCAGGCUUGUCUGACCUUCAAAAACUGCACUUCCCCAGUCUUUGGGGACAAUAAGGUGUUUUUAGACCAGCAAGCACAGCUUGUCACUCUGCUGUCCGAGAUCAGGGCUGCGGAUCUGAAGAUUGCGCCACCGAAGAAAGUCUGCGUAUCGUCCCAUCAGUCGUCUGCGGUCCCUCCAGUCACAUACAUGCACAUCUGUGAGACUGAUGUAUUCAGCAUGGGAGUGUUUCUGCUCAAGUCAGGGGCUUCCAUACCUCUACAUGACCAUCCUGGGAUGAAUGGCAUGUUGAAGGUUCUAUAUGGCAAAGUCAAUAUAAGGUGCUAUGACAAGUUGGAUAAAGCUGAUGGGAGUGAGAGUGAAAAUGAGAGGCAGUUUGAGCCUCCACUGAUGCCUUUCCAGGGGGAUGAUGUGAGGAGAGCCACGCUGAGGUCUUCGGGACAGUAUUCUGAUCAGAGUGGUCCUUGCAUCUUGACUCCACUCAAAGACAACCUUCAUGAAAUUGAUGCAGUGGAUGGACCAGCGGCUUUCCUCGAUAUAUUGGCACCACCAUAUGACCCUGAUGAUGAUAGAGAUUGUCACUACUACAAAGUUUUACAGACUGCUGAGAAAAAGUCAGAGCAGAGUGAUGACAAUGAAACAUGGCUUUUAGAGAUACCCCAACCGGAUGAUUUCUGGUGUGGUGGCGAGCCGUAUCCAGGUCCUAAAGUUUCUGUGUAGAGACAAGCACACUGGAAUGGAUCUAAUGUAGCCUAUGCUUGUGAUCCGUCCUUAUUCUGACUCAGCUGUGUUACAAUUUCCUUGAUUUUUGGGACCACACUACAUGAUUUCAAUGUCCACAUUCCACGGCAGCAAGAUUAUUGCUAUUUUUUGGACACUUUAUGUGCCUCAUAGGCUACAUACUCUUUGUGGCCUUGCUUGUGAAUAAUGAAUGUAUACAUGCUUGAAAAGCAUUUACUCUUGUAUAAGUGCACUACAUAUAUACAGUAAAUACUUGGUUAAUUUAUUUAAAAGACUAUGUACACAAACAGUCAUACUUAUUUACUGUUUAUAUUUUUGGCUUUAAAGUACUAUUAAAAUCUUCAUAAUACAUUUUUCAUUUUGACUUUGUCAUAUAUGCUACAAACUUUCAGUGACUUUUGCAUUUGGAACAGUUCACAAGGUAACACUUUACAAUAAGGUUCCAUUUGUUCAAAUUAGUUAACAAAAUGUAACAUGACCUAACAAUGGACAAUACUUUUACAGCAUUUAUUAUCUUGAUUAAUGUUCAUUUAAACAUAGCAUUGCUAAAAUCAAAAGUCGUUUGUGUUAACAUUAGAUAAUGCACUACAAACUAACAAUGAACAAUUGUAUUUUUAUUAACUAUUAACAAAGAUUAAUAAAUGCUGUAAAUAAAUAUAUUGUUCAUUGUUAGUUCAUAAUAGCUAAUGUUAACGAAUGGAACCUUAGUGUUACAGUAAGGUUGUAUAUGUUAACAUAAGUUAACAUGAAAUAACAAUGAACAAUACUUUUUCAGCAUUAAUUAGUCUUGUUUAUUGUUACUUUCUACAUACUAAUACAUUUUGAAUGUAAUUAAAAGUUGAAUGAGUUAACAUUUGUCAGUAUAUUAUGACCUAACAAUGAAAGAUAAUGCAUUUAUCAAUUCAGAUUAACCAAGAUUAAUAAAUGUUUAAAUUGUUCAUUCUUAGUUUGUGUUAGGCCUACGCAUUAGCUAAUGUUUGCAUAUUGAUUCUUAUUGUAAAUGUUAACUUGCACUUUGUGCACAUCAUAUGCAAAGUGUACAUAGUUAUUCUUAAAUUAUUCAUUGCCUGUGCAUUUGUUCAUAAUCUGAUUACUUUUACUGACUUUUACUGUCUCAAGCUCUCUAUUUGAUUUAUAAAGUGCAUUAUAAAACAGCACUUUUUGCUAUACUUUGUCAAAGUAGUGCAACACAAUAAACACAGACACAUUAGGCUGUGAUUGUGCAUAAACUUUGCUCUCCAAAUUUGAUUUUCUAAUAAUGAUUUACUUGACCCAUUGUAGCUGGAGUUGGUUGUUAUCCACUGAAUUCAAAAACAUUUAGUAUUUAACUGACAGGAAUAAAGUGUGAGAUCAAUUGCUUUGUUUAGUUGUAUUUUUACUAAUUAAGUUUCUGUUCAUCAGGAAUGGGUGCGUUCUUUUGCCAGGGCAGGUAUUUGUCUACCUUGUAAAAUCAGACUUUCAAUGUGAAUGUCCAAAGACAUAUCCAGAUGUAUUAAUGUCUAAUGUGGUCUUA